CUACUUUCACAACGGUCACACGCUUUCUAUUUGAUUUUUUUUCAACAUAAUUUUUGUUAAACAAUUUACUGUGAAUUUUGUUGUGUGUGUGGAUGUGGACGUGCUGACAGCCAAAAAAUUAAAAUAAAAAAAAAAGUAAAGUGUUCGGAAGUCGAGAGCAGAAUCGAACGGCAAAAAAUGCUGGCGAACAACAAAUCAUCAAGGUAAAACUGCGCGCCUUGGUCAUUAGGUCUUUCGUCGAGGAUAAAAGACCAAUGUUUUUUAAAACUAUUGCUGAAAGCAACAGCAGAAAUUACAAUCUACUACUAAAUCCUCGAUUUGGUGCAAAAUAAAGGAAAUUCAUCGGUUUUUGGCGGCCAAUUGCAAACACAAAACACUAAAUACGCUAGAUGGAGCACUCACACACUCAAGCUCGUUGGCGAACGUAAAUUAUAUACAGCACAUAGAUAGUCGUCUCGCUUGCACUGCCCGCCACAGCGAGGGCUGCGAGAGCGAGAGCGGGAGAGAGAAAGGCCUGAGUCGCUUUUUCUUCUUGUACCUUAUAUAUAUUUUAUUGUUUUUUGUGUUGUGUUGCGUUGUACGUGUGUGUGAGAGUGCCAAAUGUCAACGGAAAUUACAACACUGCGAGACGGUGAAGACUAAAAGGCGGGAGAAGAAGAAGCACCAGCAGGCAGCAUAAACAAACCUCGGGGGAAACCACAAAAAAUAACAGAGGGAGAAGCAGGAAGAUGUUGCCCGCCAAUAACAGGAGUAGCACCAGCACUCAUACCAAUACAAAUGCCAACACAAUCAUCGCCACUACCAAUACCACCAACAGAUGCCUCAUCAAUUCGCCCAUCGAAAAAACGGUAGUCCGUUUGCGUGAAACGGCAGCGAACAGCGGUACUUUCCAGAACUCAGAUGAGUCGUCGGUCGAAUUUGAUAUUAUUAACUAUUAUGGGGACGACGGCGGCACAACUCCAGCUCCAGCCACAGCCACAGCCUCCGUUACUCCUCGACAGCAGUUCUCCUCUUCUCGCCACGGCGGCAGCAGCAGCGGCAAUAACAACAAUAACAGUGCAUGCCAUCCAGCACUGGAUGCCAGCAGUGAUGUUGUUGUUGUUGAACCGGCUGCGGUAGGAGUCGCACAGGAGAAAGAGCCGGAGCAGAAGCCAGAGAGGAGCAGCAUUCCCAUUCCCGACCUGGAGUUCACCGAGAUGGAAGCAUAUGCCGAGGAAAUAUUCGUCGAUGUGGAGGUGGGAUCACCAGCCAAGCCUUUAAAUCCAAAGAAACAACGUUUAAACUCAGCAACAACCACAACAAUAAACCGCUCUCGGGGCGGCGGAGCGGCACAGAGUCGAUUGCGCCGGUCGGCGGCCAUCGUUCCACCGCGAUCGAUUCCAGAGAGCUGUGCCGGCAGCAAUUCCAAUUCGAGCAGCAGUUCCAACAGUAAUUCCAGUUCCAGCUCCGCCACUGGAAGUAGCGCAUCCACCGGCAAUCCGUCGCCGUGCUCCUCCCUGGGCGUCAAUAUGCGCGUAACUGGACAAUGCUGCCAGGGAGGCCGCAAAUACAUGGAGGAUCAGUUCUCGGUGGCCUACCAGGAAUCACCGAUCACCCAUGAACUAGAAUACGCAUUUUUUGGCAUCUACGACGGACACGGCGGUCCCGAGGCCGCGCUCUUCGCCAAAGAGCACCUUAUGCUCGAGAUCGUCAAGCAGAAGCAGUUCUGGUCAGAUCAGGAUGAGGAUGUUCUGCGCGCCAUACGCGAGGGAUACAUCGCCACACAUUUCGCCAUGUGGCGGGAACAAGAGAAAUGGCCACGCACUGCCAAUGGGCACCUGAGCACCGCCGGCACCACCGCCACAGUGGCCUUCAUGCGUCGCGAGAAGAUCUACAUUGGUCAUGUGGGUGAUUCUGGGAUCGUUUUGGGUUACCAGAACAAGGGCGAACGCAACUGGCGUGCUCGUCCACUGACCACGGACCACAAGCCGGAGUCACUGGCAGAGAAGACGAGAAUCCAGCGUUCCGGUGGCAAUGUUGCCAUCAAAUCGGGAGUUCCGCGAGUGGUGUGGAACCGACCCAGGGACCCAAUGCAUCGCGGUCCCAUUCGCCGCAGAACUCUGGUAGAUGAAAUACCCUUUUUGGCGGUGGCUCGUUCCCUGGGCGAUCUCUGGAGCUACAAUUCCCGCUUCAAGGAGUUCGUUGUGAGUCCCGAUCCGGAUGUCAAAGUGGUUAAGAUCAAUCCCAGUACCUUUAGAUGCUUAAUCUUCGGCACCGAUGGCCUUUGGAAUGUGGUGACCGCCCAGGAGGCGGUGGACAGUGUGCGCAAGGAGCAUCUAAUCGGCGAGAUACUCAACGAGCAGGACGUCAUGAAUCCCAGCAAAGCGCUGGUGGAUCAGGCCCUCAAAACCUGGGCCGCCAAAAAGAUGCGUGCGGACAACACGUCCGUUGUGACUGUGAUACUAACACCAGCGGCCCGCAAUAAUUCGCCCACGACGCCAACACGUUCCCCAUCCGCAAUGGCACGCGACACCGAUCUGGAGGUGGAGCUACUGCUGGAGGAGGACGACGAGGAGCUGCCGACACUGGAUGUGGAGAACAACUACCCUGACUUUCUCAUCGAGGAGCAUGAGUAUGUGCUGGACCAGCCGUACAGUGCCUUGGCCAAGCGGUAUUCGCCUCCGGAAGCCUUCCGCCACUUCGACUACUUCGAUGUGGACGAGGACGAGCUGGAUGAAGAUGAGGAAACGGUGGAAGAAGAGGAGGAGGAGGAGGAGGAGGAAAUCAAAUCGAUGGGAAUUCUGCAGCAAAGUUUGUUCAACCACAGAAAAGCGUGGCGCAAGUCAACCAUCAACAAUUCCUGGAGUGGCGUCACCGAACCGGAGCCCGAUCCCGAACCAGAUCGAAUGGAUGUCUUAACAUUGGACAUGUACUCUCACACCAGCAUUGACAAGUGCACCAAUUAUGGUAGCAGCAUAGCCCAGUCCGUAAUAGAUCCUGCGGAGGCAGCUGAAAAUCGUGAGCUAAAUGAGUUGGAGCAGCAUCUGGAGAGUAGCUACAGUUUCGCCGAGUCGUACAACUCCCUGUUAAACGAGCAGGAGGAGCAGGAGGCACGCUCGCGUUCAGCAGCAGCAGCAGUAGCAGAACAACAAACCAGUCUCCAUUCCGCAUCCGUUGUGCUGGACCGCAGCAUGUUGGAGAUCAUCCAGGAGCAGCAGCACUAUCAGCAGCAAGAGGGCUAUUCGCUGACCCAACUAGAAACCAGGCGUGAAAGGGAGCGGCUGACCGAGUCGUGGCCACAGCAGCCGGCGGAGCUGCUCGAGCUGGAUGCUCUACUGCAGCAGGAGCGUGCCGAGGAGGAGCAGGUAGCCCUGGAGCAGCAGCAGCAGCGCGAGCAGCAAAUGGAACAAAUGGAAGUGGAGGCCAUUAGUAGUUCGGGACAGCACGAGUUUGCUUUCCCAGUGUCCACCGCCACCGCCAGCGAGUGGUGUGCUACAUUACAAGAAGACGAGGAGGAAUCGGAUUCCACAGUAAUAGAGAUAGAAAUGCAACCCGAACAAGAGUUGCAGGACAAUGAAGUGAGCUCCACGUUGCCCGCCACACCCACUCAUGUGGAGCCUGACCAGAUUGUGGACAAGAUGGAGCCCAUGAAAGUCCCGGAGCUGAUCAUCGCGGUAGAAAAACCUCCACCCAAGCAGGAGAAGAAGCCGCCGAAGAAGCAAGACACCAAACCGGUUGCCGUGCUAGAUACAGUGGCCGAGAUGCCUAAAGAGGAUGUCAAUGCCGUACACUACAUAUUCCAGCGCAUCAAAAAGGUUCAGGAAUCUGAGGCCACGCCCGUAGCCGUGGCGAAUUCCACGAUGGCUGACCCCCUGCCCGCCGAAUCUGGUGGACUGGGCGGAUCUAUGACCGCGCCUCGAAUCAGACGCUAUCGCAACGUGCCCAACGAGAACCAUCAGCACAUGCAGACGCGUCGUCGCCAGAUCUUCAAGCAUGGCAAGCCCAAGUCCUUCAUACAAUCCAGUGCUGCGGCGAUUGUGGCCUAUGGAGACAGCAGUGAAACGGUCGGAGGAACAGCCGGAGCAUCCGGCACACCGGCAGCUGGGCGUGUAGGCGGCGGCGGCGGACGAUCGGCCAGUGGUGGAAGCAGUCCUGCGGCGGCAGCCAAUAGUCGACGGAGCGUCAAUGUGGUGGCCAAUGCGAGUGGAAACAGCGCUGGCAAUGUUGUGCCCAGCAGCAGUUCCAUGAUGAUGACCCGCCGCAGUCACACCUUGAUGGCCAGCGGUGGUGUGAACAAAAGGCAGCUGCGCAGCAGUCUCUGCACCUUGGGGCUGGGUGUGGGUGUCGGUGUCGGUCUGGGCCGGGACCUGGACAUGACCAAGCGCACGCUACGGACAAGGAAUGUACCCGCUUUGUCGGGCGGUUCAGCCACGCCCACUAGCAAUUCGUCGCCAGCCAGCGGAGGCAGUAGUCCAGCCGUCUUCACCCGCCCAGCCAGUCCGGUCAUCACGUCCAGGGGAAACGGAUCGCGUACUCCCGGCACACCAGCCAGGCGCCUUAAACGCAGUCACGAGGAUCGGGAGCUAAGAAUGAGCUUGCGCCGGAGCACACUGAGUGGCAGUGCCAGCGGCAGUGCUGUAUCGUCCCCGAAUCCGAAAUCAAGUCGCCUGCAAGCCUGCAAUGGAGCCAUCUCUGCGCGUCCGCCGCCCUCGCCGAAGAAACUGAAUGCAGCCGUGCCCACGUUGGCAAUUGGAACGCGUGCAUAUACGGCGGCCUUGGCGGCGGCGGCGGAUCACCUGAACAAGCGGUGGUCGUUGCGCAGCAGCAGUGGCAACUCUGGCAAUCUGAUACCCGCCAUCAGUUGCUACAGUGACAGGAACAGGGCGGCGGGAUCAGGGGGAGCAGGAGCUGGCGCGGGAUCACCGGGAUCUGGAGGCGGGGCAGCGGGACCACCAGGAGCAUCUUUGGCCGCAUCCACAGUCGGCACGCGAAGGCGCUAGGCUAGAUUGUAACGAAACAUGCGAGCAACUUGCAAGUACAAAUCCUAAGCAACGGAAAAUUUUAGAUCCUAGUACUACUUUACUGAACGCUAAAUUGUAUAAUUUAACCAAUUUUGUAUGUGCACACACACACACACAUCUGACAACUCUUUUAAAUGUAUAUAUAAAAAGCUGUAUAAGCCUCAUAAAAAAAUAUAUAUUGAUAUAUAUACAUUUAUACCUACGCCUAAACACUAAAACAAAUUCAUAGUGUAGCUAUAAGUCAGAGUUAGUAAAUAGCAAAAAGUACAUAGGAAUAUAUAUAUAGAUAUAUAUAUUUUUUGUAUCGCCCCAAGUAAGAAGUUCUCCAACAUCCGAAAGUUUUCCUCAACAUAAAUAUUCUCUUUUUUAACUCAAUCGAUUCGUUCAGUGUACGGCAGACUGGAAAGUAUUUAUCUCGUCUCUUGUGUUUAACUGUUUUAGGCUAUGUUGACUAAGAUAGUUGAUAAGUUAGGCUAACACGAGAGAAGCUAAUAUCUUUAGGUUUAUCUUUUAAUUUUUUUUGUUCUUCGCUUGUAAGGUGUUCACCACUUGCGUUUGCAAGUCAUUUUCAUGUCAUCGCGAAAUAUUUUCAAUUGAAAUACAUCUAUUUUUACAUAA